CCUCUCCCGUGUUUGUGGACCUUCCAACGUUCCUUCUUUGUCCGCUUCCCAAGUGUCAUGUCCCAUCCCCAACAACGUCGCCAUCUCUCCAUAUCAAAUCCCUUCCGCAAAUCUUCCGUGUCUUCCUCUUCCACCGCAUCCUCCAGCGGCAGCAACGGCCCACAGCUGAAGCCCUUCUCCCCUCGACCUUCCACACUCGACGUGCCCGAGGAAUACCCUUCCUCCUCGUCUACUGCCAAGAUGUCCACAAAGGGAUCGAAGGAUGCUUCCGGUGCCUCGAAGAGGGCCGCCAGCAAGUCUGCAAAUCGGUCCGUAGGCGACGCGUCGAGUGCCUCAGCAGACCCAUCGUCUUCACAAGUGGGUGUCCGUAGGCAUCUGCGCCGUGACAGCUCUCUUACAGAAAAGGGAGCUGCCGUUCUCCGAGCGAUGAAGAGAGCUCCCGAAGACGAGACACCCGACAUCUCACCAUCUGACUCGCCGCACACUGGUAAUGGUGACGCGGAUGGCGCGACGGACAUCAGUGUUGCUCCACUUCCUCCGCCCAAGGCCAAUGGAGGUCUAAAAUCACCGCUGUCAGAUGACGGGUACGAUCCGGAAACGGUCGCUUCUCCCGGUCGUCGUCCGAAGCCCUUUGUAUUCACUGCUCUCGACACCGCCGGUGAUGACAAUGGAACAACAGGCGAUGUCUCACGGGCCGGUUCCUUCAUUGGGCUAUCGGAAGCGGAGAAGGCCAUUGGCAGGAAGAACAGGGAGGGACUGAGGAGGAGAGCCGAGCAGAAUCAGGUGGAGAAGAUGGUAGGACCUCCGAGGACGAAGAGGGAAUCGAAGAAGAAGGCAAAGAGCUGGGAAAUUCCCAGGAAGAUCUUCCACUCGAGUAUUGGCUUCAUCGUGCUGUACAUGUACCUAAACGACUUCGAUUUGAGCUCUGUGGUGCGCACGAUGUCGACAUUUCUGGUCAUCGUCGUCACAGCGGACGUGAUCCGUCUCAACUACCGCCCCUUUGAGACAUUCUACGAGUCUGUCUUGGGCUUCUUGAUGAGAGAAGCAGAGAAGGAACGAGUCAACGGCGUCGUCUGGUACCUUAUUGGAGUCAUCUUCAGUCUGCACUUCUACCCGGCUGAUGUAGCUUGCGUCUCUGUCAUGAUGCUCUCGUGGGCAGAUACUUGCGCUUCGACGUUUGGUCGUCUCUUUGGGCGCUACACCCCGCCGCUGCCGUCACCUCCAUUUGCAGCCCGCAAGUCCCUUUCUGGCUUCCUUGCAGCAGUGGUGGCUGGUUCCCUCACUGCCCUCCUGUUCUGGGGCACAAAUAUUGCCAAAUCGCACGAGCGCUUCGACGGCGUGUCCUGGUCGCCCGUUCACUCCAUCUUUGGCGCUACUUCUGCUGGAGCCUACCAUUCGGGAUGGAAUGGCUGGGCGUGGGGUUUCCGAGGUCACCUCUCCCCGAUUUUGGCCAGCGGCGGCUACAAGGGCCGGAUGAGUGCAGUAUUGCAGACUGCGUCGCAUGCCACGGGCAACAUGAUGUCCAAUCAGAUCAUCACGAGUGUUCCUGGCAUGCCACUAUGGGCUCUGUGUAUUGGCAGCGGCCUGGUGGCUGCCACUGCCGAGGGACUGGAGCUAGGGGGCGUGGACGACAAUCUGUCACUGCCGAUCCUAAGUGGCUUUGGCAUGUGGGCCAUGCUGUUCGCUUGGGGCAGGGCGGCGAGCUUGUGGGUUGGAGCUGCUUAGAAGACUUGUACGGGAGGGCUCAGAGGGGCAGGGACGCUUUGUAGAAGGGGAAGAGUAUCCGGAUACCAUUCAAGACUUAUACUAUGCCGUCAGAAGGAAGCAGCGCAGAGGUGGGGGUAGAGUUCUAUAGUGUGGACAAUUGUGCGAGGCAGCUCGCUGUCCUGUCCAUUACUGCUGUGCAUAUCUCAGCGCUUCGUCGCAAGUCACUUGCUAUUCUGCAAAAUAAUAAAAGUCAUAAUUAGACCUCUUCGAGGAAGUCACUGUAGC